GUUCGAACGCAUCCUCGAGUCCACGGAGGCCCUGAAGUCAGUGAAGAAGGAAGAUGUGGCCGCCUUCUUCGAGGAGUACCUUGCAAAGGGCGCCCCAUCGAGGCGGAAGCUAAGCGUUCGUGUCCUUGGCACCACGGCGGAUGGGAAGAAGAGCGACGAUCUGGGCGAGUCGGAUGAGAUGCUCACCAACGUGCACGAGCUCCGUGAUUUCCACGGCCGGACAGAAUCCUUCCCUCCACUAGUGCCGGCCGAGAUGCCAGCGAUCGCUUGA